CCAUUUUGGUCAGCUGCGACGUUCCCUUCUGCACGUAGGCCUCCAGCAGUGACGUCAGAGGACUACAUGGAAAUGGAAACAUGCGAUGGCUGCAAGUCAAGAGGGAAGUAUUCUCCUUUUUAUUCUUUUUUUGCAAUGAGCAGACUGGGAUAUAUAUUUUAAAGUGACUGAUCUGAAGGGAGCAAAAACGCACACUUCUGCUGCACAUCACCGCCUUGGUUUUAUUGGUCCCGAGCUGCACCGUGUCGUCAUCAUCCUCUGACGCAGCCGGAGCACCACCUAUCCACGACUGGGAAUCCACUGACACCUGACGAGCUCCAUCCAUCUCUCUCUCUCCACGCCGGUCUGGAGUCACGACCCACUUCUUCUGGCUCUGCAGUGCAGGAAACUGCUGCAUUUCAUGGAAGCAGACUCCAGUGUGCGUCCAGUCGUGGUCAUGCUGCCCCCAAAGACAUGCUUACCGAGGAACUACAGCUGCAUAGCCGGGCUGUUCGGGAGCCUUGCAGCAACCAACCCUCGCCUCGACGAUGGGGACGACUUCGACAUGGUGAACGGGACUUGUGAAGCAAUAGAGAGCCCGGUGGUGGAGGAGAGACCGAGAGGCAGGGAGAUCUUCCUGAAGCCUCCACAGAGUCCAAACCUGCGCAGGAGGUGCAAGUCUCUUCCUACACCCACAGAGAGGGCGAAGUUAGAGAUAUCCCGCAGCAGGAGUCCAAGCAGUCAGAAAAAAGUCCGGUUCGCAGACUCUUUAGGCCUGGAGCUCAUCUCAGUGAAGCACUUCGACGACGCGGAUGAGCCAGAGGUGCCGGAGCGCAUUUUGGCCAAACUACCCAAAGGACACCUCCACUUGAACCACUCGGACACCAAAUUCCCCCGAGCUCCUGCAAAGUCUGUCUUCAUGGAGCUGCAGUUCACCAACCCAGGCACACUACCAGGUUUUGGGCAGAAAGUGAGAGAGGUGAAAGUCCUGCUGGAGACAGUGGAGGCGGAUGAAUUCAGCCUCUCCGGGUUUGUGCGCGUCUUGAAUCUGGCUUUCGAGAAGAGCGUCUCUUUGCGUUAUUCUCUCAACAACUGGAUCACAUUCAUGGACAGUCUGGCGUCUUAUGUGCCCGAGUCGAGCAAUGGAGACACCGACAAGUUCUGUUUCAAGAUAGUCAUGCCCACUUACCUCGAACACGGUGGCACCUUUCAGUUCGCGAUUAAAUACUGUGUCGGUGGGCAGGAGUUCUGGGACAAUAACAAUGGGAACAACUACAAAGUCCGACGUCACCGGUUCAAGAUGUCCCCACCAAGAGAAUGGGAGAAUGGAUGGAUUCACUUUAUCUGAGCUUUUUAUUGUCGUGUCUGCAAAGUGGCACACCACACUGCGUGCGUAAUUUGCGCGUAAAACUGAUCCCGGGUACCUUAAGUAUGACUGUAGCUUUUUUUUUUUUUUUCAAUAUUAUAUUCAUUGUUUUUUUGUUCAUUUUGAAACAACAGAACAAACCUUCACAAAAUAUUUUAAUUUAAAGAUGAUUUUUUUUUAUUUUCUGCCAUCACACAUAUGCUGUGACACUGGAAGCAAUUUCCCACAAUAAUUCAAAUAUUUGCCCCAAUGUGGUAACAAGAUUUAGUGGUGAAGACUAACAGGAAUUUAUUGAAAGGAUAGGAUAGCCCCUUGAGAUGUAUAGCAUCUCAUUUUCGAGGGGGUCCUUCUACAGUUUAUAUAGGUGCCCUUGUGAGGGGUGUUGUUAUAGAUAAUUUGCCUUGAUAUUCAGGGCUCUGUGUGUGCAGCCUGGUGUCAUUUGGGAGGGCAUAGUCAUGUUAUGUAAUGUAGAAACACGUGCCAGGGAAAAACGUGCACGGGCAGUGUCGACUUUAUGCAUCACUGUUCCUCUCAGGAGAUGCUGUAAAAUGAUUUUUGGUGGCACAGAGAUGUUUUAUCAGUUUGUUUUGCAUGCGUGCAAAAAAAAAAAUUCCUCUUGAUGGGAAGCAGAAAGCAUCACAUGUUGGCUGAUAUGGAACCUAUAGUAGCAUAUACUCCUCUGGUCGUCUCCUGCAGGCUGGGAGAAACAUACACACAAUGUCUUACUGAGUUGACAGACAGAAAUAUGUGGCAGGUUAUUUUAUUUGAAAAAAAAAAAUUCAAUGUACAAUUUCCCACUGGCAUGCCAUUGAAAAAUGCCUUAUUUUAAGCCAUGAUGUGGGAAAGUUAUGCAUUGAAUGUUGUACAGUCAUUUCUUCAUUUGGCUAACUGCAUUAGAUGGUUACCAUCCUUAAAUUCACAUUUUAAAAUAAGGCCUAUAGGCACUGGCAAUUAACUAGUGUCCAUAUACCUGUAGGCUUUCAAUCCAGGGACAACAUACUUAGUCAUAAACCAGCCAUGUAGUUGCACCUAUUCACCCAUAGUAUAUUUUUCUCUGAAUUAAUGCAAAAAUGAUUUAAUGUUUUGCCAAAUUCAAAAAUCAAGGGGGCCUAACCAAAGUUCAAAGGCGAUGAAAAAGUUUUCUCUAGAAAAGAAAUCCCCAAACAGCAUCAUGCAUAUCCAAAGCAUAAAGGCUAUGUUUAUGAACGCUCUCAUACUGUACUGUGAUAGGAAUGAACCCCUUGAGCGUGGUUGUUAUAAUAAACUAAUAAAACUAAAUAAAUUUAGUAGCAAUGUUUGCAAGGUGAAAUUUACCUCAGAUGACUUGCAGACCUUUUCUUCUUCAGGUUGAUCGUUAUUAAACAGAUGUUAUUUUCACAGCAAUUCUUUUCUAACAGAUACAUUCAGACAGAGAAGUAUUAUUGUACAUUUUGCAGAUUCAAAACACAAUGCGUAUUCAUUUUGUAAUGUUCUUGAUUGCACUGUGUAACUGUUUUUCAUAGAGCAGUGUUGUAGACAAAAGUAGCUAUUACAUGGACGACUGUGUUUAACCGGCUGUAAAGGUACAUGACGAUAUCCUCAGUCACCACUGUGCAAGAAUAGUGCUGCUCCUUACACCCCACAGGACCUUCUGAUAUUUCCAUCCAUAGAUGGCAAACUGGUAUCUGAUUACUUUACUUCCAUACCAUAAGCCUUGAUGGAUGUUAUACAACCCUCUCCAGAAAACAGCUGAUCAUAUGUUGCCGGGUAGUCUUCCAAACCAGCACCCGACCAUUUGUGAUCAUGUACUUUAUGGCAAACAUGGCUUGCAUGUCGUAGAGUUUGCUUAAAAUGCAAAUAUUCAUCAUUCUUCUUUUGUAAGUGUAUGAUAUUAUCAAUGUUUUUGGCCAUGUGGAAAGUUGAGACUUUCCAGUUCAGCAAGUAGAGGAACGACAGGCAGGAUGCUUUUAAUUCCAGAGCUCUGACUGUAAUCUGAACAUCACUUUUGUUUACAUCAUCAUGGCAUCAGAGAGAGGCUCUCCAUUUAAUGAGGCCAUCAGGUUGGGAUGUGGAUAAAAGACUAUUCCUGUAACCACUUAGUUUUUGGAGCAGUUCCACUGUGAAUCCAUCAGUAACGUUUGCCUCUAAAUCUGACAUGCUUUUCAAUGCUGUACCUGAUGUUGUUGUUUUUUUACUGAAGUGAGAGAUGGCCGGCACUGAGUUGACAUUUUGCUUUCUCUACAUUCAUCACAUGCAGACCUCACCUGUUUAUUUAAAUACACUGUGGAUAUAAAAGGUGUGGUCACGGCAGAGCUUCCUGUGUGUUACGUUGUUAAAGCAGUGGGUAUUUGCAUAUUGUCUGCUUUGGUAUGUGUAAAAUUUGUUCAAGCAUUCAUUCUGUGCAAUACCAGAAACCAUGAAUUAUCCAGGCUGAUACUUCUGAUGUGGGCACUGAGAGAUGCAUCAAUACCAAUUAAACACUGCCGACACAGAUUAUGUGUUUUAGAUUUUAACAUUGGGUUUUGACAAGGUUGGCUCUAUUACAGUUUGAGAUUGCUUGACCUAAAUGCCUGUCUGAAUAUGAUGCUUUCUCCAUUUUCUAUCACAUGUGACUCUUUGGUUUAAGUUUCCAAAACGGUGUGGAGACCGUGAGAUACCAGUGCUCAGUUUUAGCCUGGUAUUUCCCACACUGCUGUUGUUAUUGGUGCAUCCCUACCAUAAAGAAAACGAAGGGCUUCUGGUCUGACUAGGUUUUCACCACAAUGUAUACAUAGCAUUAUGCAUCAGAACUCACUGAUAUAUAGAUAUGUAUGUUAAUGUGUUAAUGUUUCAUAUUAAAUGUCUUCCUGUUACUGUUCUAUGUUGUGUGUACUUUGAAGCAUUUUAAAAGCAGAGGCGAGAGAUGGUAAAGUUUGUUAUCAGAUGAUCCUGUGAAGUUGGAAAAUAACAUAUGAGCCCAAAAUGAAUGAAUUCCUAAAGCACACUUACUAUUAAUUAUCAAACAAUAUCAUUUAAAGUAAGGCAGCUUAUUAAAUAUGUAAUACUGCAAUCAUUUAGGAGGAUAUUGCAUAAUCUCCCCUGAAAAUAUGUACCAAAAUGUGAGCAGUGUAUCUGAAUUAAUUUGGAAACCCCAUGUGCACAACUAUAGGUGUACACUGCCUUACUAAAAUAUAAGAGUUUACUUAGAGACAUGAAGCAAAGAUGGAAGAAUGCAAGUGCUUGUUUGUUAAGAAAUGUGAUUGCUGAUGGAUGGAAACAGGUGAACCCUGGACAAUGAUAAUGGGACAUAUCUGGGCAAUAACCGGGUAACGCCAGAUGCACUUUGGAGUUUGAUAACUUUUGGUAUGAGCGACUUAUGAUUGUAGCUGGUACUGAGCAGACUCAGUCAAAGCAGGUCUAAUGCACUUUGAGUGAGAAGGAGGAAAGGGGCAGGGUUGAACGUCACUGUAUAUGAAAUCUUCUCCUGUGAAUAGCUACUAACCAACAUGUUUUCCAUUUUUUGUCCUAUUUUACUGCUCUUUUCUCUCACUGUGGACAGCCUAAAUCACUUCUGUCUUAUUUAUAACCAUUGUAUGGCAUUGGAUUUAUUUCUGUCAGUUUGUUUUGGUUUUGUAAAUCCUAUGCAACACCUUUUUAUUGUAACAUCCGCAGUCAUCUGACUGUGUUGAUCUGUAUUGUGUGCUGUCUUUUAUCUUCUCUUUUGCAGUGAAAGUUAACCAUGUUUGCAUGUACAGCUAACAUACCUUUAUUUUUUAGUUUCUAAUGUAACCUAUAUUUUGUUGAAACAAUGGUUAAUAAAGAAAUUUGUGAUGGAAA